AAGGGGUAUCGAACAGAACGACAACACAAUCGUCUUCCUCCUCCGGACUCUAUCCCCUUGUAUCUCUGGCUGUUCUUGCUUCCCUAACCCUAGUUCUUGCUAUUCCCUACCUAUUUCCUCUCCAAGAUUGUAUCCAUAAACUCAAAUAUUCUUGCUACUGUGAUUUGGAGGUCUAGGACCAUAACAAUUGGUAUCAAGAGCCUUCAAUUUGGGAACCCUAAAAUUUUUCCCCAAAUCGAGUUCGCCAUGGCCGCGUCGCUGUCGGAGAUGUCGGCGUCGAUAUCAAGGUGGAUGGACAUGUUGCAGCAGAUGAAUGCCAUCUUGGACCGCAUGGAUAGCGUUUCCUCGGCGUCAGCUUCAGCGACCUCCGCCCCGACCACGAUGGCCACGACACCAGCUGCGUCGCCCACGCCUGCGGCACCCUCGACCACGUCCACAGCUGCGCCGCCCACGCCAGCAGCGUCCUCGGCCGCGCCCAUGACUACUUCACCGAAGUCCCUCGGCCCGACGCCGGCCACGACCCCUUCAUCGGCGCGCGCUAUCGCCAUGGUGCCCGCGCUAUACGCGCCGGCGACCGCGUCGACUCCACCCUCCACCGCUGUCACCAUCUCUUUUCGGCUUCCGAUGCCGCCGUUCCUCGCCACGAAGAAGAAGAUCGCCAAGACGACCAGGCGCCCUCAAGCGCGCGCGCGCUGUAGUUCGACUCCCUGCAGAGCGUGUGGCGGUCGCCGCCGCCCAUGGACGUCCUCCUCCACAGCAAGCUGGACGAGGCCCGCGUCUGCGAUAUCAUCGCCGACGUCAUCGACAUCGAGCGCGAGUUCAUCUGCGACGCGUUCCUCUUCGCGCUCGGCAGCAUGAACGGCGCCCUCAUGGGCCAGUACAUCGAGUUCGUCACCGACCUCUUGCUCAUGGCGUUCUGUGUGCAGAAGGUGAGGUCUCUAAUGUCUCGCCCGCAACGUGUUCGACGAAAUGUCACAACCGCAGCGUCUGCCCACUUGGCGUUCACAAGGCUCGCAGACUCGAGAGCAAGCUACUCAGCAAUGACUAUUGGCUUUCUAAAAGAAUUCAAGGAUGCUUCAAUUUGUGGACGCCAUUAAGAUGUGGUUGGGCUUUGGUACAGCAAAGGCCACCAUGGCCACCACCUGUACACUUUGAUCUUGCAGCUCGUGGGCUUGAUGUGUUACCAUGUUCAUGGCUUCUUGAUGAUUUAGCUAUUGCAGUUCACGAAAACAUGCUCAAGAUGGCAAGGGAUGAGCAGCAGAAGCUUUUGUUACUGGAUCUUCUCGUGUUAGUCAUGGCAGCCCCUGUGAUGACUUUGUGGACCAUGGGGAUUCAGCAAUACAUAUAUCAGGACAACACAAUAAGGAAUCCACAUAUGAUUGAGUUAGAAGAGGAUCAAAAUACUCACUGCAAUGACAGCAAAGGCAAGUUUGCUGUAACAAAUGAAUUCAGUGAUGGGCAUCAGAGGGUUGAGCCACUGUCUCAAUGGGGAACAAACGGUUUUAGUUCUGGAAAAUUUAGAGUGCAAGGAAAUUGUUUGAUGCUCGACACGUGGCCAUCAGGGAAGCGAGGUGAUUCUAAUGCUUGGCUAUUUGCAAUUAAAGGUGCUCGAUCUUUGUCUGAGAAAAUGCUACCAGAUUGUGGUUUCAGUUAUAGAAAUCAAACUGAUAUGGUUGAGAAGAUAAUAUACUUUUUGACUAGUUUGUCCAUCACUCGACCAUGGGAUCCUGGAGUCUUAACUUCAUUUUGUGCAAGCCAGCACAAAGACAAUUAUUUCCAGCAAUGUUUUCAGAUUGUUGUCCGGCUGCCAUCUAUUUGGACAUGGAUUUCAGAUAUGCAUCAAUUCAACAUUUCCUUUGUUUCCCUGCAUGCCUUGGAAGAAUUAUUGCUGACUGGUGUGCAUUGUUCACAUUUGAAGCUAAUGGAAAGCCUUUUGAUUGUGAAGAUCGUUGGCUGGGUGUCUGACAGGGUGAUAACAUGCUUAUGGAGAGUAGGCAUCCAUGAUUAUGAUUGGCUCUUUAUAUUGUGCUUCAGAAUUGUUUACAAAUCAAGUGCACUUCAGCUCCUACUAGUAUUGAUGCCACAGAAAAGAAAUGAAUCAACCAUUUCAUUGAUCAAUGUGAAAUACAAGAAGCGAUUGGUGAUCUUCAGUUGGGUGCAACCUAUGGCUGGUGUUGAUCAUUUGCGUGCCUACAGGUGGCAGCAUGAGCCCCUUAUCAACCUGAUUACUAGUGUGAAGCUAAAGUGCAAGGUGGCAAAGGAUUUGAGCAGCAGCAGCUCUGUUCAUUGGCGAUGGUGUGAUCACUCACUGAUAGAAAUGUGUCAAGACCGAUCAGCGGAAGGUGAAGAACUACUCCAAAUUUCCAUAGGAUCCUUGUGGUUGCGGCUUGAGGGCAAGCCGCAUUUCAAGCGGCGGGGAAUGUCAAGGACAAGGCCUCUUAGGAGCUGCUGUCAAGUGGACCAGGCUGUGGAAACGGAGAAGGCUACAAAGGGCAAAGGACUCGGACCGGUAAGGGGUAUCGAACAGAAUGACAACACAAUCGUCUUCCUCCUCCGGACUCUAUCCCCUUGUAUCUCUGGCUGUUCUUGCUUCCCUAACCCUAGUUCUUGCUAUUCCCUACCUAUUUCCUCUCCAAGAUUGUAUCCAUAAACUCAAAUAUUCUUGCUAUUGUGAUUUGGAGGUCUAGGACCAUAACA